GGAUCCGCUCGCGCCAGCUCGCGCUCCCUGCCCCAGAGCAACGGGUCAGAAUUAGUUCAAGGCUAGGUGGCGCAAGCUACCGCCCGGUAUAGAGGGACCAAUUAAUAUCUAUCUAGGGGGCGGGGUAGUACAAAGUUGCUCUGGUCGCUUCUUAUCCAAUCCAAUCCGGACGGACAUCCAGUGCAAUCCAAUCUGAGAGGCUCGUUGAGGUCGCCGCCUGCUCAUCCGUCGCACACGUUGAUUGCAUUAGACCGGCUGACGCACAUCAAGGUACCUGGUUCACGUCACAACACCGAUAAGAGGGUCGCUUCAGGCGUCCGCAAGUCCCCGCGCUGCGUCGUCGGACACCAUCGCACCGCGCCGAGGACUGACUCGACGCUCUUGACAAGCGGCCGCACAACGCUCGGUGCUACGGUGGCCACGGUGGCUACUGCUUUGAUUGCGUACGAAGUGGUCGUGAAACUCGCGAUGCUGACAGACAGAGUUGACUUACGACGGGUAUAAAGGUGUCGGCAGAUCAAGACUCGACCGACAAGGGCGGGCUCGAUGAUGGCUGGGCGAGACUCGCUCCUCAAGAGCGAUGACGAGGAAGAGUUGGUUUUCGAUCAAACCGGACUCUUGACGAACAAGCUCUCAUCUCGGCACAGCGUGUUUUCCAGGACGCUCGUCGUGAACAGCGGCGGGCGCCUGACGAUCGCGCGGACUGUCAACCUAUGUCUCUCCUUCUUUGGCCUGGGAUUGUGCUUCGCGAUACCUACGGCGACCAUCCAAGACCUUCAGCAGAGAACGAAUUCGGAAGCAAGCAUCGAGCACAUAUACACGGCACGCUACGGAGGUUACAUCUUUGGCUGCCUAAUAGGUGGCUUCCUGUUCGACUGGUACAACAGACAGUUCCUGCUGUUCCUCAGUAUUUUUGCCACCUCCAUUGGAAUUGUGGUGAUGCCCUUCUGCGCUCAACUGUCCACACUGAUGGCCUGUUCUGCCAUCACCGGCAUCACCAUGGGCUUUCUGGACACUGGCGGCAACGUGUGGUGCCUGGACCUGUGGGGUCGCCACAGCGCCCCCUUCAUGCAGGGGCUCCACUUCUGCUUCGCCCUGGGGGCGCUGGUCGCCCCACUCAUUGCCGAGCCCUUCCUGUCGCCAAGCGGACCGAUGGGGACUCUGCAACACGUCCAGCCGCUGCAUCCAGGCAACUCGUCAAUCCCAGUUGACAACUUCGGACACAUUCCGUCCAUCGGGAUUCACCACGGCAUCGCCGUCAACCGGCCACUCCCGCACACGCUCGUGUCGGGCGCGACACCAGGAUUUUUUGAGCGCGACCGUCCUCGACGCAGACGACGCAACGCGAAGCAGACGACUCCCUUACCUCAGUUGCCGGAACCGAACAGUGCGACGGAACGCAGUGCCGACGUUGGCGUCCAGCCUAGAAUAAAGCAGUUACCAUUCGAUACCGUCCGAAGUACGUCCACGAGCAGUUCAACUGCUAGAAUCUUGUUGGCGGCGAGAGCGCCACCGCCAACUACCACCUCGAGUGCACCUACAAAUAGUUCGACCGUCAGCAUGCAGCCAAGGGUACUAGAGACGUUGCCGCCUACUACGCUCUCAAGUGUGUCCGCCAGUAGUUCGACCGCUAGUCUGGCAACCAGUGCAACAUCUACUAGUCCAGAGCCAACUCUAGUCAGUAAUACAUGGAACAGUUCAAGCACCGGAGAUGCCGGUGGAAACGGCACGGACGUGGUGCAAAGUAGAACGGAUGACAAUACCACGGUUUCGUCGACGAGCGCGUCGGCGGACGUCACGACGGCUGCCAAGAAACCGACGAAGCCACUUUACGCCGAGGGUGCGGCCGCAAAAAACAAGUGGGACCGCGAAUCUCAGAAGCCAAGCCUACCGCAGUCGGCACCCGCGCCGAAAUUGAAUGCGGCGGCAACGGGCAAUUCCAGCAUCUCUGCAAACGCUACCGCGAACGGAAACAUGUCGACGACAGCCUCGAGCGUCACCUCCUCGUCGUCUGUUCCUCCGUCGACAAUGGUCCCGAGUGCAAGCUCCUCCUCUUCGUCGGGUCUUCCUUUGUCAAUGGCGACGCCAACUUCGAGCUCCGUCUCGUCGUCAGUCGACUCUUUGUCGACAAAAGUCUCAAGCACGAGCCCCACGUCAUCUUCAGUCAUUCAUUCUGCAACGACUGUUUCCAGUUCGACCGCAGUUAAGCCAUCAGUAACAGACCUUUCAAAACCGAGCAGAGUGUCGCCGGUCUCAAGCACGUCACCAUCGGUUCCUAGCACUCAAGCCCCACAACCAUUGCCUGGUACUGUGGCGACUGCAGCUGCUACAGUCUUUACGGACGUUGGGCCGUAUGGCAAUUCCACCGUGCCGAGCACGACUGCAUUGCCUACAAUCUCAAAUAUUAAUGCGACAACACAAUCGAACCACGAAAAGAAGACGCCGUUGCCAACUCACUUACCAAGCACUAGUCGAGAACCGGCGACAACUACGACUGGAAACGUUGCCAGACCCCAUUCCCCACUUUUGAGUUCAACUACUACCGUCCCCAGAACUUCAAGUGUUCCAGCUACGGCCUCCGAAGAAACUCCUACUGUCACUAAAAGCCCGACAACAACUGUGACGGACACAGCGACAACAACAACCAAGCGCAGCAGCGAGACACUUGCGCCGACCAAACCAGAUAUCCCGAAAGUGCACCACGAAGUGCAGACCGCACCCAGCACUUCCGGCAGAAAGCCUUCAGUCGCGACAACUAUCACUGCUGCAACCGCCGCCGUAACAACGUUACCACCUCUAGAAACCGCCGUCGUCACGCCAUCGAGUCAUCCGGAAACCGCGUCGAACAACGUCCCCUCGAACGCGACUGAAGCCGACGGCUCCGCCUCGGAUCCAAACGGACCGCUCCAGAAGGCGUCUGAAACCGGCCCCACCGAACCACCCGGGCUUACCUCCUGGCUUCUCGACAAGUUCAAGCAGAACCGUCUGGGCAAGCUCGAGUUUGUGUACGCGAUCCUCGGCGCCUACCUCUUCGUCGUGUCGGCAGUCUUCCUCGCGUUCCUGUGCACCAACCCGCGCGAGACCCGUUCGCGCCAGGAAGAAGACACAAAAGUCCAGGGGCCAUCGAGCAAGUGGAGCCUGGUGGUCCUCACCUCCCUUUUCUUUUUCCUCUACAUGGGAAUGGAGGCGGCCGUCGGCGAGCUCCUACGAAUCUACGCAGCGCCGCAGACGCCCGGCGCCCCAUUGCCGCGCGGCUACCUCCUAACCUACGUCUUCUGGGGAAGCUUUGCGGCGGCGCGCGGCAUAGCCGUUGUCGCCGCCAUCAAGGUGUCUUGCCGGACGAUGCUCCUGGGCGACCUCGGCGUAUGCUUCCUCGCCUCAGUGCUGCUCGUCGUGGGCGCCGACCGGAUGGACGCGCUGCUCUGGGCAGGGGUCGGCGUGCUCGGUGUGGGGAUGGCGUCGGUGUUGCCGACCUCGCUCGCGUGGCUCGAGCGCCAUGUGCGCGUGACCAACCGUGUUGCGUCGUUCGUGCUCCUCGGCGCCGCCGCAGGCGAGAUGGUUCUGCCGUUCCUUGCGAGCCGCCUUGUGGACCGCGAGCCGGCGGUUGUAGUCUACGUCAACGUCACCGUGGUGACGCUCUGCUGCCUCAACUUCGGGGCGCUGUGGCUGGCGGCGGCGAGGCGCGGCGAGAAGUAUGCUGCUGACGAGCCGGACCGGUCCAUGUACCAGCUUGCCAACCUGGACGACGCGGACGAGUCGGCCGAUUUCACGCUGAUGCGGCCGCUGUGCGCCAACGGCGACGACGGACACGCGCUGCUGAUGGCAGGCAAGCCACGAGCGAGGUUCCUGCGCGGUCCAGACGUGACCACUUCGUGAGAAUGGCGGCGACGGACUUCUCAAACUUUUGGCAACGAUCUGGGGACCUUUGGGGCUCGCCACGUUUCUCUAGGAAAGUUUAGUUUUAAUUAAAGCGGACUCGUCGAGUUUUUCGUCGGGCGGACCAAGACGCUUUUGUAGCGCUGUCCGAACGUUCGCGCUUGAACAGUUUUGUUCAGUUUUAAAAUAGGACCUUUGAUGACGAGCUCCCGGCUACAAGUUGGUUCCAGCAACGUUCGGAGCUAAACCAGAGUGUAUUUUUUAAAUGAGAAGUGCCAACGGCCGCAGGCGAACUGCGAGACCUGUCGAUAGCGUCCAGUAUUCUGCGGUAUUUCGUGCUUGCAAGAGUCUCUCGUGUACCAGUGACUAGUCAGCUCCUUCGUGCAGACAGAUUUGGAGCAGCGUGGGAGUGUACUUAAGAAUUCGAUCCAAUCUCGCCAAAAUGCCGAUGAUCUGUGUUCCCUCGCUUUCUUCGCACAUAAGGGCACCUUCGCUUGCAGUAGUUCUUUGGAAACUUGAACGAGCAUUGUAAAACCUUAGAGGGGGGGGGGGGGGGGAGAUGACGCUUGUUGUAUAUCGUUCAAAGCCACUCUAUUUAUGAUGUUUGAGGAAAUAUAGUUGAAGCUCAAUAAAAACAAAAAAGAAUGGACUGUGUGUCGGCACUGGCCCUAGCUGCAUGCCUUGUAGGUCGGAGCACAGUCGGAAGUGAGAAAAGCUCACGAAAAUGUGAACACACAUACUAAAAGCAGGUGAUGGAUCCGCUAUGCUUGAGGCCGUGCAUGUCAGCACGGCCGGCGGCUAAAAAGUUUAAUUCGCUUGAUCGCGCCGACAAAGAGUGGGAAGCACAAAAUUUGCCCGCACGUCACGGGACGUGAGGGACACUAGCACAAGCCACACUGUGUUUGGUUUCUGCUAGGUUUUUCAUUGUGCACCACAGAUGUUAGCCAGGGGAGACCAAGCAAAGGAGCGCUCCGCAC